CGAAGCGAAAAAUUGUACAGUGGAUGAAAACAUUCCAUCGACUCCAUUUGUGAAGUUCACUUGUUAGCUCUAGUGUGCAGGAAAUUCCAACCAAAAAGCGUUCUACUCAAUCGUGUGGGUUUCGGCAAGUGGGUGCAGCAACAAUUUCACAACAAAAGGCGGCGGUCAAGUUUUUCCAGAGUUUUCAGACACACGUACACAUACGAGCGCGCGGACGCAAUCGUUUGGCAGUGCAAUUCCGGACGGGAAAAUAAAACGCAAAAAUGGUUGUCAUCGCCAAAUCGUCGGCUAAAAAGGGCGAAAAGUCUAUUCUACCCCUGGUGCACCCACAACCGGAUGCCACUCCGACCGCCCCGGCCGAGGAUGGCAACAACUCGACCGCUUCGAACAUCAUUCUGCUGCGCCGUGGUCGUCAGCUGAAACCGGCUACCGCGGCGAUCCUGCUGCUGGUGGCACUGUUGGGUUUUUCCAUCGGUACAAUCGGCGGUCUGUUCUAUUACCGCCAGUACGCGCAGGCCCGUAACCAUAUGCGCUACCAUGGCUUCUGCAAGAUCCCGUACGAUGCGAGCAACUUCGAAUCACUGUACCGCUCGAUGAAUGCUGACCGUGACAUGGAGAUUCUGCGCCAGUUCAACAUGUUCCAGAUGCCGAAAGCACUGAACCAGGAUGCCGCCACAGAUGAUUCGCAGUCGACCGAGAAUGGACCGAACGGAAGUGACAGCAACGAUGAGUUCUUCCGCGAAGAGUUCGAGCUGGGACUGUCGGACGACGAGAACUACUCGAAGAUCGAUGUGCCGGUGUUCCGUGGCCAGCGUCCGGCCCGGUUCCUGCACGAUUUCACCUUUAACCAGUCGGGUAUCAUCGAUAGUGCGGCUCGCCGUUGCUUCAUCAUGCCGCUCGAUCGUGAAACGGUACUGCCACCGCAGUCGUUGCGCGAUUUGGUCAUGAAGAUGCAGCUCGGCUACUACAACAUCGAUACGAGCGUGCUGAAGAAAACAAUGCGUGUCGUCAUGCCGGAGCUGACCGAUUUUACCGAUGUUUCGCCCCGCGUCACCAAAGAGUGCGUUGACAUGAAGAUCUACCAGCUGGAGAAGAUCGUCAGCGGAGUUUACAAGCGUUCGACCGACAUCCAGGAGCGCGCUAAGUUUGCCGAGUUCGGUGGAAACCACAUUUCGCUCAUCGACAUCGCAAAUCUCGAUGAGCUGAACUAGAAUAGCAGCAGCAGUAGCAGCAGCAACGGGUACACAUGGUAGUGCCGAACACAGAAUGAUAGGAACUAACGGGUGAUUUGAUGUUGUGGGUGGAGAGUUCCGGCACGGUUUGCUAAAAACUGGCCUCUGUUCCUGGAGGGUUUUUGUUUUUCUUCAAGGUUUUAUUAUUAAGUAAAUGGCUGAUUAAGUCAAGUAUUAGGGCAACCGGUUUCGGCUGCAAUGGUGGGUAAUGCUACGUUUUCGAAUGUACGGUGUGUUUUAGGGCAGACAGGCAGGAGGAGGAGGGAAAGAAAAGAGGAUGAGAACAGGAAUAUGUUAAAAAAAAACAAUAUAGUUAAUAACUCUAUGAUGAAACAACCAUUUUCUCUCACUGUCCCAUUUGUAUCCACCAGAGCGAUUGCGUGAAUGGUCUUGUUCCAAACGUUUAAUUAACCACCUUUGAUAGGAAUAAUAUAAAUUGUUCAGAAUUUGCACACGCUUUGGUGCACACAUUAUUCCCCUUUUUGGAUUUAUCCCCAAUAAACUCCCAAAAAAAUUGUUUGGGAUGUUUGUUGGGGAGUUUGUUUCCCUCCUGUAGACUAUUGUUUUUUUUUUUGAUUUUGCGGGAUUUAUUUUGUUGUUGCUUCAACAUAGAAUUAUUUUUCAUUCCUUUCUUACUCUGGUUAUUGUCACAUACACGUUUAAAUCGUUUUGCAUUUCUGUUUCUUACCAUUCUUUUGCAAACAUUCUUCUUCGUUAGACUAAGUUGUUUUGGUAGUAAUUUAACGUUUUCACUUUCUUUUCAACGUAUGUUCGUAAACAAAAAUUCAAACCUGUUAACUAACCCUCCUUCUAAUACUACAAUAACGUUAUAAAUCCGCCUCCCUACCCGGCUCCAUUCCCGUCCGUGUUGUAGUUCGUUACCACGCAGACCGGUAGACAAUUUUAUACAUUUUAUAUAACCCCCCCAUUGCACAAAAUGUGAUUAACUCGUUUUGAUGUCCGCUCUUUCCCGGUUCCCUUAAUCGCAAGAGUAGUUCGCUUUCGGAUCAACCAGUAUCAAACGACAGACACAUUCCUUGCCAUCUGUACCAUCUGAAAUAAUCGCAUAAACAACCUGUGCUGUAGUGUGUGCAUGUGUCUGUGUAGUGUGGUAAAUUCCGGUAAUAGAGAGAAUAUGUUGAGCAUUUUUGUUUUGUAACUGCAGACAAAUAUUACAAGUUUUUCUUACCAUUCUAAACACCACACAAACCCUUUCUACAAGAGCGUGAAUAAGUAAGACAAAGACAUAUAGAAGAGAGUAUUUUAUUUUGCAACAGUAAACAAAACAAAAAGACAGACGGAUAAGAGAAGGCAGAAUACAACAAUGAGCAAGAAAUCAUUAUGUUUAUUGGAAUUGUAAAGAAUAAAACACUAUUAGUAAAUAGAAGUGUGUAGUGUA